UGCUGCGUUUGGAUGUAAUUUAAUGUAAAUGUGCUGAUUAUUUAUGGUUUUAUUGUUGUUUUUGUAGCACAAAAGUGUUUCUCAUCUGACGGGACGAUGGUUCAAAUAGUUGUAAGAGGCAGCGUGGACGGCAGCAGCCCUCCAGAGUGGCUGAUGGUGGAGCUGCAGGGAGAGAUGGUGUCCAGACACAACUCUGGUCUGGCAGGAAACGUGAUGGGAGACCUGCUCUACACUAACGAGGGGGUGCCAGUGCUCAUCAUAGGACAUCACAUUCUCUACGGGAAGCAGGUCAAACUGGAGAAACCCUUCGCCGUCCUCACCAAACACCCGGGCCAUUCUCAGGACAUUAAUGAUGAGGAUGUAGCCAUGGAAACGGACCAGCAAGGCCCCGCCUCCACGUCUUACUCUGUGUCGGCGCUCAUCAAACGGAAGCUGAUCUUUAAGACUCGACCCAAACCCAUCAUCACCAAUGUGCCCAAGAAGGUGUAGCGGGACUUCCUGUCCACAAAGGACAACAACAAAGAUGGCGGCGGUGGCGCUGUGGGAGAGUCUGAGGUUCUCAGGAUGACAGCAAACAGGAGAAGGCGACAUCAGUUCUUCAACCUUCAACGCUUUUCUUUACUGAUUGUAACUGUGGUUCGUCCAACUCAUGUGUUCAAUAUUUAUAAUAAACCGAUAACUUCCACAUACUUACAGUCUGAGUGUGAGAUUGUACACAACAAGGCGUACAGUCGAGGUUCAGGGACAGUUUAACACUCUGCAAAUCAAUAAAUGUAUCAGAACCUCAAA